CCGAUAGAAACUUUGUUUCUAUCAUUUGGUAUCAAAGCCCUCAUGAGUCCUUCGAAACUCACUGAUCCAGCAUGGGCUCGUACGAAGCAGCUGAUAGAGUUCACGUUAUCUGAACUCAAGCGUGAGGCUCAGGAACACGGGUGGAUAGCAGCGGCCGCGGAAGAGGCAGCCGAUCCGUCCGAGGUGGUCUCCGUACCGUCGGGCCCGACGCGGCGCGCGAGAGAGACGGCGCCCGAGCUGCCAGCAGGAGCGGGCGAUGGGCGCGCGAAGGGGGAGGAGGGUGCGAACGACGGCGCAACAAUGGUGGCGGCAGAGCAGUCGAACCUUCAGGCCGUUGCAAUAGAAGCUGUCUCUACUACUGUCGUUCCAUCAUCAACACCGCAGGCCUGUGCGUUGUCCCUGGCUGCUGCAGAAGCACCGCGCGACGGUGAGCACAAGCACGAUGGAGCAUCACAAAUCACCCCUUCUAUAAUCAUCUUGGCAUUGUCAGAGCAUAUACAUGAGGCAAGACCCACGUUAAUCCCUAAUCUAGAUGAUGGAACCCUAUUUUGCCUUAUUGAUUGCGUUGACAUGGAAAAGGUAGAGAGAUAUGUUGGUUCUGGAUCAUAUUUGGAUCAUUUAAGUUCAGGUUGGAAAUUCCGAAGGAAGACAUUCCAUUUCGGGAAAUUGGAAGAAGACAUAUUAAUGGGGGAGCUGAAGGAAGAGCAAAAGGCGAUGUUAAGCAUGAGAAAAUCUCCGAUAAUCGGGCGAACGUGGAUGUAUGAGAGCCCAUGGGAGAAGUAUGAGAUCGUAGGAAGCUAUGGGAGCCAGUGCUGUACGGUGAUCGAUCCGGCGAGGAGAGCAGUAAACGCCGGGGUUCGGCGGAAGGGUGAUGCGUCGCCGAAUGCGACGCUGGGGAAAGACAUGUUCUUGUGGGCGUUGAAGCUCGGGUUCGACGAAGGGGUGUUCUAUUAUGAUAGGAAGACGAAGGGUGGCCAAUUGGGUUUCGAAACUGAAGAAGGUAAGCAAGGAGUUGGGCUGCCAAAGACGAGAUGGGAACUGAGGAAGGGAGAAUGCAGGGGCUCUUCUUACGUAAGGAUCAUAUGUAUUUAUGGAGUGGAGGAGUUUGUUGUAACUCCAAAGGUAGGCUUGGAAUGGGUUGUUAGGAGUGGGUUUGAUGAAGAGAAGUACAUGACACAUAUUGGCUUUCGUGGUCCUGGAGACUUUGUGGCGUCAGAGCUUCAAAAGGAAUACAAGGAGACAGCAGCAAGUGCCGUUACUAUGGCUGGGAAUCUCAGCCGAGUUUCAGCCUCUCGGGUGGUGCCGCGGAUGUUCGCGGCGUCAGUUGAGACCCUUUUUGCUUUAGCCGAUAUCACGGAAGGGGAAACAGCCUGUGGCGCCGGGAUCUCGGCCCAAAUGAGAAGCUCGUUUAAUCGAUCCAAGUACGGAAUGAAGAUGAAGUGUCGUGUAGUUAAUGAAGAGUGCAAUGAUGGGAGUCUAGUGGGCGGUCAGUGGCUGGGUGAAAUAAUUAAGGAGAAGGAGUUCGCAUCGAAUGCAAAAGUACAGAAAGGCGAGAUCAAAAACAUUAUUAUAUCAAUCGAGGUUGUAGAGUACGAAUCUACUGUAGAAUCUAGUGAGUUGACUAUUGAUGGGCUGGCUAGAGGUGCGGUUGUCUUCAUGAAUGCAACCCACGGUGUUGAAGCACAGUUGAGACAUUUCGUGGCAUGAACAGAUGUGAGCAAAUGGGACCAAAUUUAUGUGAAAGCUAGGGGGUUGCACGAAGCUCAUGAAUUGCACAAGGCCACAAGCAAAGAGGGUGGCACUUGGGAUGUCAUUAGCGGGUUUACUACAAGUUUGGUUUUCCUCAAGUGGAUCAAGGUUCCUGGGCGCAUUUGGACAGAGGACAUGAGGUGUGGAGUUAUGGAUUGGGGAAUGGUGGUGGUAAGGGAGAUGAUUAAUAUUUGGGAUGCUAAUGAUGGAAGUAGGGACGUGGGAGAAAUUGCUAGCAUCGUCCUCGGUGGGAAAUUCACAUAUACGGGAGUUGCUUGUUUUGGAGUCCUAACCGAGUGCCAUAAUGCAAAUUGGAAGAACAGGAAGCGACGGAAGAAUCGACUCCUAGAUUGUACGAGAAAGGUGGAGGUGUGGUUCAAGUUGGUCAACCUUGAGGGCAAGGUUGGUCUCAAGGGGGAGGGGAUGAUAGAAACCAACUUCAGUUCGGGUUCUAUAAUUAUUAUUAUAUUAGAGUAAUUAGUCUUUUAGUCGCAUUAGGUUAAUUG